AUGCCGUUUGGAUUAAAGAACGCAGGAGCCACCUAUCAACGUCUGGUCAACUUCAUGUUCCAAGACCAGCUGGGGAGGAAUGUAGAGGCCUACGUGGACGACAUAAUCGUGAAGAGCCUAACAGCAGAGGAACACGCCCAAGACUUAGAAGAAACCUUCAAAGUCCUGAACAAAUUCGGAAUGAAACUCAACCUGGCAAAAUGUGCUUUCGGUGUUAAAGCAGGAAAAUUCCUAGGCUAUCUGAUCAGCCAACGAGGAAUAGAAGCAAACCCAGAAAAAAUCCAAGCAGUGAUAGAUAUGAAGGCCCCCCAGAGUGUGAGGGACGUACAGAAGUUGAAUGGCAGAGUCACGGCACUGGGACGUUUCAUUUCUUCCUCAGCCAAAAAAUGCCUGCCGUUUUUCAAACAACUCCGGAACAUGAAAAAAUUCAAAUGGGACGAAGACUGUCAAGUCGCAUUCGAAGAAUUAAAGGCAUUCUUGACCAACCCGCCCCUACUGAGUAGGCCCGUAGCCGGGGAGAACCUGUACCUGUACUUAUCGGUCGGGAGAGAGACCAUCGCCUCAGUACUAGUACGGGAGGAAGAGGAGGAGCAGUGGCCGAUAUACUAUAUAAGCAGAACGCUAAAAGGGGCAGAGCUCAAUUACCCAACCAUAGACAAACUUGCACUUGCCGUCGUCGUAACCACCAAAAAGCUCAAGCCGUAUUUCCAAGGACACACAGUCAUAGUGCGCACAAACCAGCCUUUGAGGAAAGCAUUGCACCGACCUGAGACUUCAGGACGAUUGGUCAGUUGGUCAGUACAACUAGGAGAGCACGACAUCAGGUACGAGCCAAGGACAACUUUGAAAGCCCAGGCACUUGCGGACUUCGUGGCAGAGAUGACAGAGAAACCAUGCGACUCAGCAACCGAGGAGUUGACAUGGAACCUAUUCGUAGACGGAGCCUCCAGUGACCAAGGAGCAGGAGCAGGUGUAGUCCUAUUAGGACCUCACAAAAUCGCAAUUGAGUAUGCAGUACACCUAACCUUCAAGGCUACCAACAAUGUGGCAGGUACAAACAUGUUUUAUUCAUUUCUCAGACAAAUAUUUCUGCCAUAUGCUAACAAUGUAGCAGAAUAUGAGGCCCUCUUAACAGGACUCGAAAUCGCGAAUGAAGUAAAGGCAGAAAAGCUAAAAAUCCAUAGUGAUUCCCAACUAGUCACUAGCCAGGUGCUGGGACAAUUCCAAACCAAGGACCAAAACAUGGCGAAAUACAUGGCAAGAGCAAAGGAACAACUCAAGAAGAUCGAAAAAAACGGAGGACAGUGGGAAAUCAUACCCAUCCCCAGAGAAGAGAACACUAGAGCAGACGCAAUAGCCAAGGCAGCCGCAGUGAAAAGCCAGCUAUAUGUAUCACUCCAAAUGAAGGAGGAGCGGUCAACACCAACGGUAGAGGAGCAGCAAGUGUUACCAGUCGCAGUCCUAGAUCCAUGGAUGCAACCCAUAGUGGCAUAUUUAGCGGACAGAGUCCUACCUGAAGGACGUACCGAAGCGGCUAAGCUAGUUCGAAUUUCCUCCGUCUAUUCACUAAUAGAAGGAGCACUGUACCGGACCUCAGCCACACACCCAUGGUCUAAGUGCAUAUCACUAGAAGAAGGAAGCUACGUCCUUCGCGAAAUCCAUGAAGGAGAAUGCGGAGCUCACGAGGGCGCAGCAACCUUAUACAGAAAAGCGAUGUUACAGGGAUUUUAUUGGCCCACGAUGAAAAAAGACGCUGAAGAAAUGGUCAAGAAGUGCGAUAAAUGCCAAAGAUUUGGGUCGCUCAUCAGAACCCCAGCCGCUCACCAGUCAACUAUUGGAAGCCCUUGGCCCUUCAUGAUCUGGGGAGUAGACAUACUGGGACCUUUUGUCCCAGCGAGAGGACAAGUAAAGUUUAUAGUAGUCGCAGUCGACCAUUUCACCAAGUGGAUAGAGGUACAACCCAUGAGCACAAUAACAAGUAAGAAAAUCCAGAAGUGGUUAUCAAACGAAGUCAUGAGCAGGUUCGGCACUCCACAUGCCCUAGUCACAGACAACGGGAAGCAAUUCGACUGCGCCAGCUUCAGAGAUUUUUGCGCUGAGCUAGGAAUUCUCUUAAAAUUCUCCUCAGUGGCUCACCCGCAAACCAACGGACUAACAGAGGUCACCAACCGCACCAUCCUUUCUGGAAUAAAGAAGAGGCUAGGAGACUUAAAAGGGAGAUGGGUUGAUGAGCUUUAUCAUGUGGUCUGGGCCUAUCGAACUACCCCCAGAAAAGCAACAGGGGAAACCCCAUUUCGCCUCACAUAUGGCACCGAAGCCGUUCUCCCAGUAGAACUGGGAAUGCCAACCUUACGAGUCCAGGUCUUAGACGAAGAUCGCAAUGAGGAGUCCCUAAGGCUUUGCCUGGACCUCCUCGAAGAGAGAAGACAGCAGGUAGCAAUCCGAGCUGAGGCAUAUCGCAGACAGAUGACCAAGUAUCACAACGCCCGAGUCAAAGAAAGAAAAUUCGAAGAAGGAGACUUAGUCCUGAAAAAGGCAGAAAUUGGAAGGGGAGCCGCAGGAGUUGGAAAGUUAGAGGCCAACUGGGACGGUCCAUAUCGCGUAGUAGCAGUAGUCGGCAAGGGCGCAUACAAAAUAGCUCACCUAGAUGGGACUCCAUUACCUCGCACUUGGAAUGUUGAAAAUCUGAAGCUAUACCUUCAGUAA